AUGGGGCGACAUGAGGCGCAGAAAGCUGGCCUGGAGCCAUCGCUGCGGCACGCGUCUGCUGCAAAUCCUGAGACUCCAAACUCAACUAUCUCCAGAGAGGCUAGCACCCAGUCCUCAUCAGCUACAACCAGCCAAGGCUAUGUUUUACCAGAAGGCAAAAUCAUGCCAAACACCGUUUUUGUUGGUGGAAUCGAUGUUAGGAUGGAUGAAACCGAAAUUAGAAGUUUCUUUGCUAGAUAUGGUUCAGUAAAAGAAGUGAAGAUAAUCACGGACCGAACUGGUGUGUCCAAAGGCUAUGGAUUUGUUUCAUUUUAUAACGAUGUGGAUGUGCAGAAGAUAGUAGAAUCACAGAUAAAUUUCCAUGGUAAAAAGCUGAAACUGGGCCCUGCAAUCAGGAAACAAAAUUUAUGUACUUAUCAUGUGCAGCCACGUCCUUUGGUUUUUAAUCCUCCUCCUCCACCACAGUUUCAGAGUGUCUGGAGUAAUCCAAACACUGAAACUUAUAUGCAGCCUCCAACCAUGAUGAAUCCUAUAACUCAGUAUGUUCAGGCAUAUCCUCCUUAUCCAAGUUCACCAGUUCAGGUCAUCACAGGAUAUCAACUGCCUGUAUAUAACUAUCAGAUGCCACCACAGUGGCCUGCUGGAGAACAACGGAGUUAUGUUAUACCUCCGGCUUAUACAGCUGUUAACUACCACUGUAAUGAAGUUGAUCCAGGAGCUGAAGUUUUGCCAAAUGAAUGCUCAGUUCAUGAAGCUACUCCAUCUUCUGGAAAUGGCCCACAAAAGAAAUCCGUGGACCGAAGCAUUCAGACAGUGGUAUCUUGUCUGUUUAAUCCAGAGAAUAGACUAAGAAACUCUCUUGUUACCCAAGAUGACUACUUCAAGGAUAAAAGAGUGCAUCAUUUUAGAAGAAGCCGGGCAAUGCUUAAAUCUGUUUGAUCCUCUCUGCAACUUUCUAGUCUCAAGCAAAAUUGCUGGUUUUGAAUAUUAGGAGGCUGAUAGUUUUUCACUAUUAUAGAAAUAGAAAUUUAAUUCUGAAUUUUGAUAAAUCACACUCAGACUUUGUUAUAUUAUUAGAUUGUCUAGUUUUAUCUGAAACUUUUCUUCAUUAGAUGUUUAUUUAGAAACUAGUUUUGUGUUAAAUAUAUAGUUGAAAAUAAAAAAAAUAAUUGAGACUGAAAGGAAUAACAUUAAGAUUAAUCUGCAAGAAUUUUUUUAAAUUAAAAUUGACAUUUUAAGAGUUUAAAAAGCAAAUACUGAUUUUCAAAAAAUUAUUUUAAAAAACCUAUUUUGAAAGGUCAGAAUUUUGAUAGUUUGAAUACAAGCAUUUCACUUCUCCAACAAGUAAUUUUAUGAACAGUACAAUAUCUGUAGUUUUAUUCUUAGUAUUUAUGAUUUGCCUAGAAAUUUACCACAAAAGCAGAAUUUUUAAAACUGCAUUUUUAAUCAG